CCGUGUGUGACGUCAGGGGUAGGCUGAGCGGGCCGCUUUGUCCGUGUAAACAGGCCCGGGGAGGCUAGGCCCUGCCAAGCCGGUGGACACAGGGCGCUCGCUCUUUGCCAGUUCGUUUUCGCGUUAUUUUAAUUUCGCAGGCCUUGCACGCCCUCCACUUGAAACCCGAACCGACAGAGGAAGCGCCGAGAGGGGACGCGGCUGGCCAAGUGGGCGGGGCCUGAAUCGAUUUGACUGACGUCGCCGUAAGCCAAUGGGAAGUGGGUGAAUCCGGUUUUGGCACCGUGAUUGACAACGUCGCGGGGAGUCUGUGGCCACUCAGACCUGUUGGAGGAACAUGGCUCAAGAAACCAAUCAGACUCAAGUGCCUAUGCUGUGUGCCACUGGCUGUGGAUUUUAUGGGAACCCACGAACGAAUGGCAUGUGUUCAGUUUGCUAUAAGGAUUUUCUUCAAAGGCAAAACAAUAAUGGUCGAAUCAGUCCUGUGUCUCCCAAUUUGAACAGUUUAUCUGAAGUGUAUCCUGUUCAAUGUACACAAGAUAAUCUCCCAGCAAUACCAUCAUUUUCCUCCUCCUCCUCCUCCACGUCAAGCCAAUCAAGUCCACAACCAAUAAUGGGAAGAGGGAAAAGGGGAAGAAAGCAAAGAGAGAAGAAGGGAAGAUCUAUUAAAAGAGAGGGAAGAAAGGGAAGGAAGAGAUCAGUGUCCAGCCAGCUGCUGCUACUAUCCCGUGAAUCAGUAACAAAUCCCCAAACUGAUGGGGACCACACAGAAGAUAACCAAGCAAUGACUAAGAAAGAGUUGCAGGCUUCCACAUCUGAAGAAAUUGCGCAAACGUCCUCUGAUGGGCAGGACAAGUCACCUGAAAAACCCAAGCAGAAGAAGAAUCGUUGUUUUACUUGUCGGAAAAAAGUAGGACUGACAGGAUUUGAUUGCAGAUGUGGAAAUUUGUUCUGUGGAUUACAUCGUUAUUCUGAUAAACACAGUUGUCCUUAUGAUUACAAAGCUGACGCUGCUGAAAAAAUAAGGAAAGAAAAUCCUGUUGUAGUUGGAGAGAAGAUCCAGAAGAUUUGAACUGCUACUUACAUUAAAUUUUUUCUUUUAAACCACGUGAACCUAAUUAAACAGCGGAGAGGAUAAGCUGAGCUUUGUGGUUCAUUCCGGGAGUUUGGAGCAUUGUACUUACAUAGAACUUUAAAUCAUGCAUGCCACGAACAAUAGAAUUUGAGAACAGAGCGAAAUGUUCUUUUCACUUUUCUUUAAAUAUUGUGUUUGGAAAAUUGCUGUUUAAGAACAAGUCCAUUUGCAGCCAUUUUAAUCUUAGUUAAUUAUUGAGCUCAUUUUUAAAAGAAAGUAGGUGUUGAAGGGCAGGAUUUUUCCAUAUUAUGCAUGCACGUUUCAAAUUUGCCUUUUCCUCCUUUUGUGUAUGUGGCCUUUCUCAGUAGCAUAAUCUUCUUUCAAGACAGUGUCCCAAAUGGGCCUAUCAGUAGCUACUGUAAUCACUGAUUUGUUCCAGUCAUGAAAAGGCCCCGUGUGUUAGCAUCAUAGCUUGUUUGCUGCUCCAUCUCAUUACAUAUUUAUGUACAUAAAUUAUUAUGGUUUAUGAAUUUUGUCCUGAAUAUGUGCAUCAAUGCUGAACCAUACAUUUGAUCAGAAAAUACAGUAAGGCUUAACCCUAAACAUAAAUCAAAUACCAGUUGAUAAUAGUGCUGUGUUUGUUAGUUUAUUCACUGUCUUAAUUUUGAUUAAAUAAAGUUAUAAAGAAAAACUACUGAUUGUUCGGCGAAACAAAAAAAAAGAAAAUCUGCAGUAGCAAAUUCCAAUCUGUGCCUUGAAAUAAAUAUAGGCCUGUUGUUUGGUAGUACAGAAUUUUAAAUAUUGCUGCAAAGAUAUUGUCAAAGCUUUUUAUUUCACACCUCAGGACAAACGUAUGAAUGUCAGCAAGUUUUGAGAACAUUUCUAGCUCAAGUUGAGGUUCUGAAUGUAGUUUUGCUCACUGAGCUGGAAGGUUCAUUUUCAGACAUUUCGUCACCAUACUAGGUAACA